AUGGCCUCUUCGCUAGACGACGAGACCCAACAGCACUCUAUCAACCCGCACUCCUCUCCCCAAUACAGCGCUUCCUCCCAACUCUCGCCUGAGCAGCCCUCUAUAGCUCGACCAUACGGCAACCGCCGCAUCCUCCCACCCAGUAGCCCCGUCGGGGAGUCGUCCCUCGCUUUCGUCCAGGAACAGCUGGAUCAAUCCCGCCUCGCCCCUGCAGAAGAGGACGAGAGCCUUCGGGAGUCUCUAAUCGACCGAGGUGUCCAGGCUGUGCAGACAGGCAACUUGCUGCGAGUGGGGGCGGCGACAUCGUCGACAAGGCCAGGAUGGAGUGCCUUGGCGCCGACCUCGCAGUUCACCGAUCCGGGAGGGGACGGGUUGAUGCAGGAGAUACACGAGCUGGAUCCGAGCUCUCCUGUCCCUCCUGGGUCGCCGAGGGCUCCUCAGCCAGAAGAAGAGACGGCGAAUAUCUCCACAUCGGGCAGCUCUCCCCCUCCGGCUCCUCCUACCCGCCCACCGUCGACCCGGAAACGGAAAGACAUACCUACUCCGGCUGCAUCAACCGUCACAACCCCAUCUAAAUCUACCAUUCCCCAAAAGCCUAUCUCAGCGCACUCUCCCGCUCGACUUCGGAUGGCUGACACGGCGAAGCCCCCCACACGGUCGUCUAGGGCGAGUUCCUCCUUCCUCCCCGCUGCGCCGGUAGCAGGCCCAUCUCGGUCCCGGUCGGCGAAGAAGCAGAAGGUCGUCGAGGAGGAGCCGGAUAGCUUUGCGGGACCUGUACCUGUCCGCUCGGUCACACCAUCAAGAUUCUUUGACAAGAUGUUCAGCCCAAAAGGGCCAGGCAAGGGUUUGCAGAUCCCGCCUGAGAUGCGGAGCUCGGAUGGGCGUAGCCGGUUGAGUGAGGCAGAGGAGGACGAGGAUGACGAAGAUGAGGAAGGUGAUCAGGUAGCGGGGAAGAAGGUGGUCUCGCUCGAUAAGGGAGUUGCUCGAGCCGGAGUUGGCAGGAUAGGAACGGAAACGCGCCAGUCGCCGAGGGCGAAGAGAUCUCUCAGUCGGACCGUCUCCCGUCUUUCUUCAGGCUCGAACGGCAAAGCACGCCAGAACGCAAAACGUCCCAUAUCGCCCGAAGCCGCGGCGGCCGAUACCUCUACCGAGUCCCGACCGCUCUUCUCGCCACGGAGUCCACCUCUCGUCCCCGCCUCCUCCGAACCCAGUGGCUCCAUGCCCAACAAGCCACACUCCCCGAAAAUCCCAUCCCCUCCUGCCCAAAACCACGAAGAGCUGUCACUCAUCAGUCGCCCACGGCGAGGCUUCACGAAUGUCGGCAUGUCGUUGUCCCAGAACGACUCGCCGAAUUCUGCCAGUGCACGUCCUGAUCGGCGGGAAUUGUUCUCUAGCCAGGGCGACCUGAGUCAGCUGGACGCCUCCCAGAGCCAAAGUCAGGGAUGGGCGAACUUCCCUCCAACUCAGGUCAGGGCGGUAUUGCCUUCGCAAGAUGAGAGUUUGGAGGGAGACCAGGGCCGGACGAACGGCGAGGGGGAGGGAGAGGAGCAGACCCAGCUGGUGUCGGACGAAAGUCACGCCCGAGCUAUGGAAGUCGUAGCUGCCCGCAGACAACGGGAAGAGGAGGCCCGCAGACACCAGGAAGAGGAGGCAGCGGCGGCGCUGGAGAUGCCUGCGGGUCAGCGGGUGCCCGAGGUGGAGACGCAGAGGACAUCGGAGGGCGGCACGCAGAAGAGCAGUGUGGGGGAUGGGAGCCAGCGGGGGACGCAAGGCGACGCGAUGGUACUGGAGCAGACGCAGCAGGUCGCCCCGGAGAGCUUGGAGCGGGCGCAGGCGGCUUGGAAGGCGAGGAAGGACGAGGAGAGGGAGCGGCAGCGGGAGAAUGAGAGGUUGAAUCGGCUGGCUCAGAGACGGUCUCCUGCUCCGCCCGCCGAGGAGUCGGCGCAGUCGUCCCAUCGCGGCGAAACGCAAUUAAUGACGUUUCAAACUCGGCGGAGCGACGAGGAACCUACCCAGAUCGUCUCGGACGCAUCUCAGCAGCGGGCGGUGGAGCUUCGGCGGGCCGACGGGACGGGCCAACGACCGACGCCUGAGCCGGUUGCGGAACAGCAGGUCAACCAUCGUGUCCCGCCCAGUCGGCAGCUAAGGCGGCGGAAUGUGCAGGAGACAAGGAGUGCGCCUCAGCCUGCUCCGUCGCCUGCGAUCGUCCCCCAGAUCGCCGUCGGUGUCGCCUCGGGUCGAUCACGUACAGAUCCGGUGGCUAGCGCCACACCGGCUCGUCUGCCUACUCCGCCAGCCCCGCCUGCAGCACCUGCGACAGUACCCGCUGUAGCGGCUCUUCGGACACCCGGUCGACUCCCGCGUCGAGCACAAAAUAGUCCGCUCGUCGAGAUACAGGUGGAGACCGGCUCGCCCAAUGUCCAGGGUCCAAGCUCGUCCAUGCAGGAAGCGGAGGACCUGCUUCAGCUAGGAGUUAUCACUCAAGCCUCUGAGCCCGCUCGGUCGCCAUCUCGGUCUUGCUCGCUCUCGAGGCCUAUCCAGACGCCAAGUCGGCGUGCUAAACGGCCCAGGCUGGUGCAGACUUCGUCGUCUUCCGACUCACCACCUGCCCCCGAGCAUCGGGGAAAGCGGGCUAAGAUCGCACCCGCUCUUCCGCCCGCUCGGUCUGGUAUGAGCGUCGACGAGAACCCACCUCCGGCGGCGGAAGCGGACGAGUCGGCCGCCACGGACGAAGACGCCGAGAGCGUCCCGUCUCUUCCCCAACCUACCAAAUUGCCCACACCUGUCAAGACAUACGGCACGAGGCGGAACGGCGCUAGCGUCACUCCGGCGAAACCACCUCCAAAACCCGUCAGGCCCAUGGUUGAAAUCCCGACCAAGGAGAAACGGCUGUCCAAGCCGAGUCGUCGAGCUACAGAGGCGGCCGAGGCGGAAACUGUGCGAACACCAAAGCCAGCCAAAAGUGGCGGAAAGAAGCGCAAGGCUGCAGCGGACGACGAGGAAGGCUCUCCGGACCCACUCGGCUCUGUCAUUGACGAAGACGAAGGGCCGGCCCGCGACGACCGGAUGGAGGUGGAUGAGCCACCUGAGCCGGCCAGUCAGCCCACUCCGCAGGAUACCGAGGACUACUCGUAUCGUCCGGUCAUCAAGCGGGUUAGCGGUGCGAGCGUGACGUCUAAGCCCGGGAAGAAGUCUGCGCCAAACAGCGAGGCCUCGUCUAAGGCGAAGAAGGCGCCAGCUCCCGCGGCGGCGGUAGAGAAGCCAGCGAGGAAGGUGUUCAGCGCGGUGAACCGGUUCCCUUCCUCCAACCUCUCGAGGAACAAUAGCGGGACGGGCGGGGCGGUAUCGGAUACGGACAACUCGAAGGUGGUCAAGACAGUGGAGAAGGGGGCGGGGAAGAAGGCUGCUGCAAAGAAGGCGGACGAGGAGAUGUCGGAGUUGUCGGAGCCGGAGAGUCCGCCGACGCCGCAGGACCCGGACGACGAAACCUUCAAGCUGUCCAAGAAGGCCGCGCCGGCGAAACCUCUGAUUUCGGACAAGAAGCGUCUCUCGCGUCAAGCUUCGGUCGCUUCCACAUCAAUGUCGACCGCUCCGAGCAAAGGCAAAGCUCCGGCCAAGGCAAAGAAGCGGAACUCCAAGCUCUCGGUCCUGGCGGAUGACCCACCUCUCCCCACUCCUACAUACACUUCCCAGCGGUCCACGACGGAGCAGGACGAAGCUGAGGACAAUGUCACCGAUCGCCCAACCGUCUUUGCAUACUACGGCCCCAAUCAAAGCUACUACCCUGCCCACGUCGUCGCUCGGGUCGGAGACAUCUAUCGCGUCCGGUACCUCGACGGCGAUUCGGCUCAUGUAGCGCUGGACGAGAUGCGUCGGUGUGAGCUCCGCGUGGGCGAUCGGGUCAAAUUUGACAUGCCCAGCAUGAAGAAACGGAUCGACCUGGAGAUUGCGGCGGAUUGGGCGGAGGGGGAUGGGACAGUCAGCGUCAAGGGCAAAAAGGGGGAUGUGGGGAUGUACGACGUCGGCGAGGUGCGAUUCGCGCGCGCGACGGUACUCAAGCUAUUCGACGACCGUCUCGUCUCCGCCGAGACCUUCUCCGACCUCCCCGAGGAAGAGGCGGACGAGUCGGACGUUGAGCUCGCCAAGCGCUCGUCGGCCUCUGUCGUGUUCAAGACCAAAACGGGUACGACGACGUUCUCGGACAAGAUCUUCCUCAUCACCCCGACGGACGAGACGACCGCCCAUCUCCGGAAUACGAUCACUCGGAACGGCGGGCAACUGUGUGACUGGAGCGAUCUGUUUGAAGGGACGGAGUUUGGGCAUCCGCUCCGGGCAGAUCUGGGACGGGUGCCGUUCUUUAUCAGCACGGGGGACGUGGAGGGGGCGCGGACGGGGAUGAAGGUCAAGAGCAUGGCGGCUCUGUGUUUUGGUGCGCCGUGUCUGCACCCUGGCUAUGUGGAGGCAGCGCUGUCUGAUCCGAACUGCGAUUGGGUUGCACACCUCGUCAGCCCCGGUACAUCCGCCAUCACCCAGCAGGCCGCUUCUCAGAUCGUCGAUCUGGCGUGGGGGACCGAGUCCUGGUCUAUCCGGAAUGCGCGCCACAUGCGUCGGCCCCUCGCGAAUAAGCGGAUUCUGUUCAUGAACCUGAACCCUAAAGCUGUCGAUCUCAAGAAGAUUGUCGGGACCUGCGCGUUCGGCCUGGGCGCAAUCUCCUUUGACACGAUCUCGACCCUCGAAGGCGUCAAAGACGACACGUACGAUAUCCUCAUCCUGAACAGCGCAGAGAAAGAUCGCAGGAAGAAGGAUUUGCCGAAGGGUGUGAGCGGGAACAAGAAGGCGUGUGAUGUGCUUUGGCUGAAGCAAUGCAUGGUGUCGGCUGCUUGUCCACCUUUGAAGCUUAGCGGGUACAGCUAG